AUGGUUCAAAAUAUUGACACACGAUUACACAGUAUUGCUGCUGACUCUUCAUCUCUUGAUCCUAUACUAUUUGCUAAACGCAAUUUUCCACAAAUAUUGGUGGCUAAAGAACAAGAUGAAGUCUUGUUGCAUAACAUUAUAGCUGCUGUUUCAAAAUCUUUCAAAGCAUAUAGCUUUUUUCUAAGGAAAGAAGAUGUUGAUCAAUUUUAUGAAAACUUUAAGCAGGAAACUCUCGAGCCAACCCACUUCAAAGAUUCAUUAAUUAUGCUGUUGUUGCUUUCUAUUUGUAUAAGGCUCAAGAAAUUCCAAUGUGUUCAUAUACCUUUUGAUAAAAAGGAAAAAUUAGUGGAGGAGAUCUUUCAAGAAUAUAAAGGUCGUUGUCAUCUUGAGGUACUAGAGAAAAACUACAAAUGUUUACAGAUUGGUGUUUUGGAAUUAGAGUUUAUGAUUGGUAUGGACCAAUAUCGUGAAGAUAUUUUAGUUGGUGUUCAUGAAGUUGUUGGAAUUGGUAAAUUCAUCAAAUGGAGAGAUGGUAAGACAAACCCUGAACUGGAGGCUUGUUGGCUUGAACUACAAAGAAUGGACGCCAUCAUUGCAAUAUUCUUCGAAACAAGACCGUGCAUCACAGAUCCUGUUAAUAAAGAUCUUUCGGUUUACAAAAGCGAUGAUAGACGCUGCAAAAUGGCCCCUAUCUAUAUCAAUACUAUCCAAAUUCUACAAAAGUAUAAUAAUUCUGGCUUGAAAGAUAUCAGUCAUCAAGAGAUCAAUGAUCAAAUUGAUUUGUUGUAUACAGUCCAAGACUUGUUUUUCCUUUUAGAUGCCGCGUGCUUAUAUCACAUUAAAUUACUGCUACAUUACAAUGAAAGUGACUUUGCAGGCUAUACAAAGACAUUGGAAUUGUUUCUGGUGAGAAUAUGGAAGGUUUCUUUGGCUGAUGAUUCUCAUAUAACCAGGAUCAAAUGGGGGUUGGAUUUGAUUUUCCGUACUCUGUUAAAGUUUCUUUUACAUUAUAAAGAAGUGAAUGGAGAACUUACAAUAAGUUUGUCUAUUAUUAUAUGCCUGAAUAACUUGUUCAGCUUUGGAAGUCACGAUCAAGAAGAUAUCGCACAUAAGCUAGAAAGUUAUUGCCCAAAACUCAAUUUUGAGUAUUGUUUUGAAUUGAUUACAAACUUUGAAAAAGAGAAUCCUCAUUUGUUCCCUGAGUGUAAGACAAUGGAGCUUUAG